AUGGAAGCCGACAUCAGAGCUGUGCUUCCAAACAUCGACCCCGUAGUCUCAGACUACUCGGCCGGUUACCUGACGCACGCCUCGACAACCCGGACCGACGACGAGGAGGCAUCCGGCCCGUCGCCCCUCAGCGAAGCUGCCGCCACCAUCACGGAGCUGCUCCUGUCGGCCUCCGGGGACUUCAGCCCUCACGCCGAAGAAAGAAUCAAGCAGCUGGUGGAGAAAUGGGUCGGCAAGUACGCGGCCGCAAACGGUGGUCAGCGAACAGGACCUUCCACGGUCAAGAGGCUGGACCAGACCAUCCAAGUCAGCGCGCAGCGCAACAUGUCGUCGACGUUGGCAGUGGCAACUGGCGGUGUUGAUUUGGAGCAGGCCAAUGCCAGAAAAGUCGAGUCCAAGGUGGACCGGAAGAAGCUCGAAAAGGCGGAGCGCAAGAUUGCCGCCAAGCAGCAGAAGAAGACGUUCAAGAUUGUGGAGUAUGAGGCGUCGAGGCUUCUGGAUCAGCCGGAGAAUACGCAGUCGUACGAGGAGUUCUACAUGGCUGUCAAUCCUCUUGAAAUGGGCAGCUCCAGCGCAAACAAGAGCAAGGACGUCAAACUGGACAACAUUGAUGUCUCGAUUGGCGGGAGUCGGAUUCUCACGGAUACUACUCUUACGCUUGCAUAUGGUCACCGGUACGGCCUGGUCGGUAAUAACGGCGUGGGAAAAUCCACGCUGUUGCGGGCUCUGUCGAGGAGAGAGGUUGCCAUUCCUACGCACAUUUCAAUCCUGCACGUGGAGCAAGAAAUCACCGGCGACGAUACACCUGCCUUGCAAGCUGUUCUUGAUGCCGACGUUUGGAGGAAGGUUCUCCUGAGAGAACAGGAGGAACUCACUGCUAGCUUGGCUGAGCUGGAAGCCCGGCGAGCGCCGCUUGCCGACACGUCCACCGAUGCAGCCAAGCUCGAUCGUGAAAAGGAAGCCAAGGAUGGCAAACUGGGAGACAUCCAGUCCAAAUUGGCCGAGAUGGAAUCCGACAAAGCAGAGUCCCGAGCGGCCAGUAUUCUGGCAGGCCUUGGGUUCUCUCCCGAGAGGCAACAGUACGCCACCAAGACGUUCUCGGGCGGUUGGAGAAUGCGUCUGGCGCUUGCGCGUGCACUGUUCUGCGAGCCUGAUCUGCUGUUGCUCGACGAACCGUCAAACAUGUUGGAUGUUCCCUCCAUCACCUUCCUCUCCAACUACCUGCAGGGCUAUCCUAGCACCGUCCUUGUCGUUUCCCACGACCGGGCAUUCCUGAACGAGGUAGCGACCGAUAUCAUCCACCAACAUUCCGAGAGGCUUGACUACUACCGUGGUGCAAACUUUGACUCCUUCUACGCCACUCGCGAGGAACGCAAAAAGGUUGCCAAGAAGGAGUACGAGAACCAAAUGGCACAGAGAGCCCACCUCCAAGCAUUUAUUGACAAGUUCCGUUACAAUGCUGCCAAAUCGUCCGAAGCUCAGUCUCGCAUCAAAAAGCUUGAAAAGAUGCCUGUUCUCACCCCGCCAGAGGCAGAGUACAGUGUAAAGUUCACCUUUCCCGACGUGGAGAAGCUGUCGCCGCCCAUCAUUCAGAUGUCCGGAGUUGAUUUUGGCUAUACAAAAGACAAGCCUUUGUUGCGAAACGUGGACCUGGACGUUCAAUUAGACUCCCGCAUCGGUAUCGUAGGCCCCAACGGAGCCGGUAAGACGACUGUCCUGAAGCUCCUCAUUGGCAAGCUGGAAGUGUCCAAGGGCAUUGUCACGUCCAACCCACGUCUACGUAUCGGAUUUUUCGCCCAGCACCACGUGGAUGCCCUCGACUUGACACUCAGUGCCGUCAGCUUCAUGUCAAAAACUUACCCCGGGAAAACGGACGAGGAAUAUCGAAGACAACUGGGAGCCUUUGGCAUCACCGGCACCACAGGCUUACAAAGGAUGGCUCUGCUGUCUGGAGGUCAGAAGUCGAGGGUGGCAUUUGCCUGCCUGGCCCUUCCCAACCCCCACAUCCUCGUCCUUGACGAGCCUUCCAACCAUCUUGAUAUUGAGGCUAUGGACGCCCUCGCAGAAGCCCUGCAGGCUUUCCAGGGAGGUGUGCUCAUGGUGUCUCACGAUGUCACCAUGUUGCAGAUGGUGUGUACGUCACUGUGGGUGUGCGACAAGGGAACCGUAGAGAAGUUUGAUGGCGACGUGCAGGCGUACAAGAAGAAGAUUUCGGCUCAGGCGGACGCGGCCGGUGUUGUAAAGGCCCAUUAG